AACCAGGAAAAAAAAUAAAAAGAAGAAAAAGAAAAAAACCAAAACUAAAACCUCUAAAUUCCGGUCAUAAUUAGAGAAUCCGCAAUUAUCUCUCCUCUUCUUUUUCUGUUGUAAUUUUUUAUCCGGUUUUUGUUUUCCGCCCUGAAAAUCAAAUUGAACUGAGAAGUGAGAAAGGGGAAGAAGAAGAAGAAGAGCUCUCUCUCAUGGGAAGACCACCGAGCAAUGGAGGCCCCUCCUUCCGCUUUAACCCUUCUGAGGUUGCGGAAAUGGAAGCUAUUUUGCAUGCACAUAACACUCAGGUCCCAUCACGUGAACUUCUCGUCUCCCUUGCUGAGAAGUUUAGGUAUUUAAUUUUUUUUUCCUUGUACCUAUUGAUUUGGAAUCUUCGUGUAAAUUGCACACUGAAGUUUGGUGUCAUGUGAUUGCGCUUUUUCUUCUCAGCAAUUCAAGCGAUCGAGCAGGAAAAGUAACCGUUCAAAUGAAACAAGUGUGGAACUGGUUUCAAAACCGACGAUAUGCUCUUAGGGCCAAAGCUGCCAAGGUUCCAGUAAAGUUAAGCACAUCACCUAUCCCUCCCAACGAUUUUUCUGCAGUAAGAAAUGUGCCUCAAGCUCCUCAACACGUAUCAGUUCCCCCUACUCAGCCUAUUGUCAGGAAUCUGCCUCAAGUACUCCAACCUAUUUCUUGUCCUCCAGUUCAACUCGUGGGACAAAAUGGCCUAGAUAACUUCCCCAUGGAGUUUGAAGCUAAGUCAACAAGGGAUGGUGCUUGGUAUGAUGUGUCAGCCUUCAUUUCACAUAAAUCUGCAGACACUGUGGACCCGGAAGUUCUUGUUCGUUUUGCUGGUUUGGGACCAGAAGAGGAUGAAUGGGUGAACAUCCGCAAGCAUGUAAGGCAGCGAUCUCUCCCAUGUGAAGCCUCUGAAUGUGUCACGGUGCUUCCUGGAGAUCUGAUACUCUGUUUUCAGGAAGGUAAAGAGCAGGCUCUCUACUUUGAUGCGCAUGUUCUUGAUGCACAAAGGCGGAGACAUGAUGUUAGAGGAUGCCGUUGUCGGUUUCUGGUGCGUUACGAUCAUGAUCAAUCUGAGGAAAUUGUCCCGCUCAAGAAGGUUUGUCGUCGGCCAGAAACUGAUUAUAGGAUGCAGCAACUUCAUGCCGAGUCUGCAAGUAAAAACCGGAACAAAGCUGUUCCGGAACCUCAUGCAGGCAACACUGUAACCAAUCCUGAAUCUGAAUCUGUACAGCAGCUGCAGAAGGCUGAGGCUCCUGCUGACACGAAAGAGCAGCCAGUGCUUGAGAAACCUGUGCAGGCUCCCAUCUCCAGCACCAAUGCAGCCACAUCCACAGCUGCUAUGGCGCAUGCUAAUGCUGGAGUUACUGCUUCUCAACCCACUGCUUCAGUAGACAAUACCACCACUCCGAUUCCUCAGUCAAAUGUCUCCGGAGCCACUAUCCCUGCAGGGAGUAUAACCAAUCCAACCGUUCAUUUCAAUGCUUCUGAUGCUACAGUUACUUCCGAUACCGCCACAGUACCUGCUGCUGAAUCUGUUACCUCUAAAGCCAUUCCCUCUCUUCCUGAUACAGUAAAUCCAGUAGCUCAAACUAAUACACCUGCUGCCACUCUCCCUACAGCAAGUACCACAAAUCCAGCUGUUGACGUCACGGAUUCUACUGCCGCUUCUACCGUCAGUGAUCCAGUUACUCUUCCUCGACCUGUUGCCGUUGGACCAACUUCCCCUGUACGUAAUCCAGCAAACCCAGCCACUCAAGUGAAUAGGCCUCCAGUCACUAUUACUACAGCCAGUUUCCCGCCUAUUACUCAUUCCGUUACCUCUGGAGCCACUCUUUCUACAGACACUAUGAUAGAACCUUCCAUUCAACUGGUUGAGCCUCAUGAUACUGUUUCUGCAGUAACUGCUGCACCUAUUACUCAGCCCAUUACUGCCGGAGUUGCUAACUCUGCAUCUCAAGAUUCCAAUGUCUCUGUAUCUACUACUUCUGCAGUGACGUCGAGGAUGCAGGUUGCAAAUUCGGACGUUGCCGGAGCCACUGAUUCUGUAGCCACUAACACAGCUACAAUGACUACGGAAUUAGCUGGACUCGCUGCUCCUCCUACAUCUCAAGAUGCAAAUUCCAAAGUCUCUGGAUCUGCUACUCCUGCAGUGAAUACAACGACAGCAGUGGCAAAUUCAGAUGUUGCUGGAACCACUGAUUCUGUUAUCACUGCCUCAACUUCAGUUCCAAAUUCCAUCCCUGCUGAACAAAGUGAUUCAACAGUCCCUUCCACAACUCCAAAUGCUAACUCGGAUUGCUCAGUGGUUGCAGAAUCUGUAGACACGGACAUGACCCCGGUUGCAGGAUCCGGUGUUUCUACAGCUGACACAGACAUGACUCCAGUUACAGAAUCCGGUAUUUCUACAGCCGACACGGACAUGACUCUAGUUGCAGGGUCCGGUGUUUCUACAGCCGACACGGACAUGACUCUAGUUGCAGGAUCCGGUGUUUCUACAGCCGACAUGGACAUGACUCCAGUUGCUGGAUCCGGUGAUUCUACUGCCGACACGGACAUGACUCCAGUUGCAGGAUCCGGUGUUUCUACUGCCGACACGGACAUGACUCCAGUUGCAGGAUCCGGUGUUUCUACAGCCUAUGAAGAGCCUUGAAAAUAUUCGUUGUACUUUACCGUGGAUGGUGGACUUAAAAGUUCAAAAUCAAGCCAAACAUGUAGUCUUGAGGUUAGGUUGAUGUGUCUGCUGACUGGGUAUGUGGUGAUCGUGGAAACCUUUUAACCUGUUAGCGAGAUGUAAAUGAUAUGAUUGUCCCUGUAAAUGAUAUGAUUGUCCCUAAUUCUUAAAGUCGUGAACAAUCUAAUGACGAGAGUAGUUGAAAUCCUCAUGCUUAAAUUUGGUGAAACUGCUUCCAUCUAAUGAAUUUGUUAUUUGUGUGCUCCUACUAUUUUAAAGAUAA